UUUUGAGUCGAGCUUUGUUCUGAAUAGUAUAGCUUAGCGUGUGAUUAGCCCCACAUCGCUCAUUAUGUCUUCGGAUCUCUCUGGCAUACUCCCUCGUGUUCUCAUCGUUUCUAGACGAACGCUUCGCAAGAACAAGUUCGUGGAUUUCGUCGGGGAAUACCAUCUUGAUCUCAUAGUGAGCUAUGGCGCAGUACCUGUGAUCGUGCCUCGCGUUUCCGGUGUCCAAUCCUUGUUAACCAGCUUCGAGCCAAUCCAUGGCGUUCUUCUCUGCGAAGGAGAAGACAUCGAGCCAUGUUGGUACCAGCAAGACGAUCAUGGCUCUGCUCUGUCCCCAGAGGAGUUGGAAGAAAUCAGAAGGCUUCAUUCCAGUGACACUUCCAUUGACAAAGAGAAAGACUCCAUCGAGUUGAGCCUCGCCAAACUCUGUCUCGAGAGGAACAUUCCCUAUCUGGGUAUCUGCCGGGGCUCCCAGGUCCUCAAUGUUGCAUGUGGGGGUACCCUUUACCAGGACAUUGGGAAAGAACUUUCAAAAGGGUGUGCGGAGAGUAAUAGAGUGAUGCACAUAAACUACGAUGAUUAUGAUGGGCAUAGGCAUGCUGUGAAGCUCGUAGAAAGCAGCCCUUUGUGGAACUGGUUUCGUGAGGAAGGAAAAGAAGGAGAAGAAAGGGAGAUUUUGGUUAACAGUUAUCACCAUCAAGGGGUUAAGAGGUUAGCUCAACGUUUCGUUCCUAUGGCCUUUGCUGCUGAUGGUUUGAUUGAAGGGUUUUAUGACCCUCAUGCUUAUAACCCUGAAGAUGGGAAAUUUAUCAUGGGAUUGCAAUUUCACCCUGAGCGUAUGAGAAAGCCUAAUUCUGAUGAAUUUGAUUAUCCUGGCUGCCCCUUUGCUUAUAAGGAAUUUGUGAAGGCUGUGAUUGCUUAUCAGAAAAAACAUAACAGUUUAACAUCUGUGCCAAAGCCUGUGAAACUGAACAAGGAAAUGGAGAACAAGAGGAAAAUUAUAGUGCGUAGCUUUUCACUUGCCAAAAACCUAUACACCACAGGCCGUGGGAAUUGCUCCUCUAAAGAUUCUGAACUUGAAGUUGGAGCAGAAUUUCUGGAGUCAAACACAGUGUUAAGCGUGCAGCAAGAGAAUCGGUUGAAGCAAAUGGGAGCAACAGUGAGGAAUGCAGGUUCAUACGUGGAGAGACUGAAGCUGAACGAAGGAAGAGAGAAAAUGGCGAAAAAUGUAAUGGGAAAUAUGUCAGUGGAGCAACUUUAUGACCUGCUGACUUUCUACCGCAACAUGGGACAGAUUUGCUCUCAGGUUUUGGAAAGAAAGCUGCAUGACGUUAUCAAUGACUUCAGUUCUUGACAUGAACCUUGUUUUCUUGUGCCAUGCAUCAUUGGUUGUUCUUUUUAAUGUCUUUUAGCAUGUGACUCGCAUGAAUCUUGUGUUCUGUGAUGGCUUCUCCCUCUGUACAUAUUUAAACUUUUGCCUUAGUUUCCUCUCCAUGAAAGUGACGUUAAUGAAUUCUUAUUCUCC